AUGCAGACUCUUAAGCUUUACUUUGCUCAAUUACUUUCUGACAAAGAACAUCCCUUUGUCAGAUAUCCGAAAACGUGGAGCUUCGACUUAGCAGGUCUGAAACCGAGAAAUGUGGAAAGAAAUUCCGUCAACGAGUGUCGAUUGGAUUAUGAAUCAGGAAGAGAGUGGACUAUGCUGACUCUUUCACUAAAUCCAUUCAUUACGCUGCAGACGAAACGCUUCCGCCAGGAGAAGCCAGGAGAAGAGAAGAGAAGGAGGAUGCGUCAUCAGCUGAAACAUGAUCGUGGGAACGAAUGGAUGUCAGGAGCCAAGAAGUUUGAGAAGGCGGUAAGACAGGAGGCUGUUACGAGACUUUUCUUGUUCAACUUUGCCGUUGAUGAUAUCAUGCGAAGAACACCCGUUGAUGUGGUUAUUGCUCCAUAUGGGCGUCCCUUUGUCUAUCUCGAGUACGUCGACGAUGGUGUGAUAUUCGCUUCAAACAACGCAAAGUUGCAACGUGUUGUCGACGUUGUAUCAAAACUAGCUGCCGCCUACGGUUUAUGA